AUGGAGGUUUGGAGCAAACGCUUUAUCAUUCUAUUUGUGCUUAUAUUUGGAAUCUUCCUUUGCAAUGCUCAGAAAUUAGAUGAAUCCUAUUUCAUUCCAGAGAUUCAAGUCAUUGAGCCAAGCCCUCGUAAAGGGAGCAAGGGAAACCUGUUCAGCCCACUAGAAUGUGGGGGAUUUCAGGGUUCAGGAAGAAGUAACUUUAUCGCAUCUCCCAAUACUGAUGUCUUCUUUAAAUGGAAAACAAUCAAUCCAGAUAUUGAUGGGAUGUGUCGAAUCACGAUCCAAGAAAGCACCUCUGAGCCAUUUAAACCUGUUGAAGUGAAAGGCUAUACUGAAGAAGGAUGGUUUAUGUGUGGAAGGAGAGGAAAUAGCCUAGAACAGAAAGAGUUUAAAACACCUUCCUACACCUGUGAUAUUUGAACUCUCCAGCUCCAGUUUAACACAAGCCAAGGAAUGGUUUCAAUAUGAUCAGACAUCUCUUUACUCGAAGGUGAGGUGAUAGACUGAGAAGGAAGGUGCCAAAAUGGAGGCACAUGCUAUAACGGCGUCUGCCUUUGUGCUUCCGGCUUUGGAGGCAAAUAUUGUGAAGGAAAAGGAUACUACGAAGACAAUAGCCCUAAUAUUUGGAUCAUCUUGUUAGUCAUCCUUAUAGUCAUAGCAUUCUUUGUUCUCUCCGGAAUUUGCCUCAUUAGAUUCAUUAAUAAAUCUAAGGAUAAUUAUCAUAAGAAAGCAGCAAGUAGCUCAGACUUUGAAAAGGAAAUAUUUGAUGACACAGCAUAUGAUGAUCAAAAAGAUUUUCAGCAGAACUCAUAUGUGGACAGAAGGAAACCUUUUAAACAUCAUAAAUUUGAAAAUGAGGAUGAAUAUGCAAAUUAAUUAAUUCAAUUAGGUAAUAACUAUGG